CCUCGACCACCAUGAACUCCUUCCUCACCCGCUACUCCUCAACAUCACCCGACGCCGACAUCCGCAAGGCGAAGGAGCUCUAUGGCGAAGACGAAGAUGUCUCUGAGAUGAUGUGGGGCUCGGCGGGCGGCUUCGGCAACCUCGCCAAGGGCGUGCCCUCAUUCAAGAUUCCUGCAGUAGCAGACCCUUCAUCAUUCCUGCGCAUGCACACGGACGACCAUGCAGACCCCUCUUGCCGUAUCAAAAUCAAGCACGGUACGACGACGUUGGCCUUCAGAUACAAGGGCGGUGUGAUUGUCGCGGUCGAUUCUCGGGCUACGGCGGGCAGCUAUGUUGCAUCCGGGACGGUGAAGAAGGUCAUCGAGAUCAACCCCUACCUACUGGGUACCAUGGCCGGUGGCGCUGCCGACUGCCAAUACUGGGAGACAUACCUCGGUAUCCAGUGCAGGCUGCAUGAACUCCGCAAUCGCGAGCGCAUCUCGGUCGCUGCCGCGAGCAAGUACUUGAGCAACCUCGUGUACAGCUACAAGGGAAUGGGUCUCAGCAUGGGUACUAUGAUCUGCGGAUGGGACAAGACUGGUCCCGCAAUCUUCUACGUCGACUCUGACGGAUCCCGGCUCAAGGGCGAUCUGUUCUCCGUUGGUUCCGGUAGCACAUUCGCGUAUGGUGUGCUCGACCAAGGAUACAAGUGGGACCUGACAGACGAGGAGGCCCACGAGUUGGGCAGGCGCAGCAUCUACGCUGCCGGUCACCGAGACGCGUUCUCCGGUAACACCGUCAACCUAUACCAUGUCCAGCAAGACGGCUGGAAGUUCAUCGGGAACUACGACGUUUCGGAGCUGCACUACAACGGCCCCGGCGACAAUGUUCCUGGUGCGCCCGGGGGUGGUUAUGGAUACGACAUCCGUGUCGAGGGCCGUAGUUCGUCUAACGCGCCUGCGUAGAAUAUGGAGUGGUAUCGCAGUGUAUAGUAUCAGCUGUUGCAACAUAUUUCUGGACUUUGCGUCGUUGACUGCUG